UUUAUUGCUGGCUUGCAUUUAUCAAUAUGCUUUUUAUAAUUAUUGCUAAUGCUUUUAUUAGAUCAGAAUUGUAAAAAUGAUGAAUAGAAUUAUAGAUUGCAAUGUUAUUCAGCAAUAGAACUUUUCUUGGUAGUAGAACCUGUCCAGUACAGUUGCCAGGUGAAGUUAGAGGCAGAGGGAUGAAUGUAAGGAAGAUGAGCCUGGCAGCUCUCAUACUGCUGCUAUUCAGACCUUCAGACCUUAGUGCAGGGCUUCCUCUAGUAGCCAGGCUGCCUCAGGUCUUGGGCUAUGCAAACAGCACCCUUUUCAUUGCCGUGAAGUGAUGAGGGUUGACAGACCCUGAAUAGGGUCUUCUCUAGAUGAGGUUGGUAUUGCCAGCCUGUGCUCUUCUUCCACCUAAUUAGAAACUUCUUGAAGCAAGUCUGUCUAAUUUUAUAACUUCCCUAGUAUCUGACAUAGCGUUAUUCAUAUAAGUGCAGCUAAUAAAUAUUCAGGGAACAAUCAAGUUAUGUUUGUUUCUGAUGGUGAAUGUUGCCAUGGCUUACCACAGCAUUAAGAAGACAUGUGUCUUUAAUAUUCAUACCGUUCUGAUUUAUUUGCGUGUACAGAUUGCAGGUAGCCUUCGCAUACACACCCUUGAAAUAAGACUUUUUAGUCUUAAUUUUUGGAAGAACACAAUUACUUUGAAAAAGCCAAGGGAUUAUGUUAAUAAAAUAAGUGUCACCAUUAACCAUGUUUGAGACAUGUUUCAUAUCUGAGGUUUAAGAGAGAGGGAAGUCUCCCCAUCCUCAGUUCUGGCAGCUGCUCAUCCGGAUGAAGGACCAGCAUGUUGCUGCUGGCUUCGGCGCUGGGGAGCGGCUCCCGGGCGGGCCUCUGCUCUGGCCCCUCCUGGGGCCCGCACUCUCGCUCCGGGCCCGCUCCACGUCCGACACUGACACCGACAAGGAGGGGAUGGUGCAAGAAGCUCCAGAGCUGCCAUCUUCUACAGCCAGGGAGCCAGCCAGCCACGUGACAGCUGAGAACCCACCUUCAAAUUGUGUUUAAAAGGAAGGGACCUGAGUGGCAGAGGCAGAAAGACCAGGAAUCCAAGGCCGUCAGAGUGAGUUCAAGCUUAGCCUGGACUACAUGAGACCUCAUCUCCAAAAUUCCAAGAAAAAAAAAUUUUAAAGGAAGAGAUGUGGAGUCUGUAAUUUAUUUAUCCCAGAGAAGAAAUGCAUUUGUUAUUAUUUCUAAGAGUAUGAUUUCAUUUUUAAUGUUUUCUCAGUAAUCUUUAAUCUUUUUUACUUCAACAAA